AUGGCCGAUCCAGUGGCUGAUUUUCUCGCUCGAGAACAAGAUCUGCUUGCUGAAAUUGAUGGAGCUCCUGCUCCCGCUGCUGCUGUGAACCCGCCAGUUCCUCCCCCUGCUGGACGAGAAGACGAUGAAGAGCAAAUUGCAGACGAUUUUGGUGGAUUAAUGGGACCUCCUUCGGUCGGAGGAGGAGACUCAGGCGUCGAUCUAGCUGGUUUGGAUUACCAGGCGACUCCACCAGUUCCGCUUGUCAAUGGAACUGGUGCCAAUAGUCAUCAGUCAGCCGCAAGCUCUAAAGGCACUUCACCAGUUCCUUCUGUGCCACGCAUCGAGGCUGAGAACAUACGCAGAUGGCGUGAACAGCAGAAAAUUCUUCUUGAAAAGAAAGAUGAGGCAGAAGAAAAGAAGAAAAACGAACUUCGUAAUGCAGCAAAAAAGGAGUUGGAGGAUUGGUACAAGCAGCGAGAAGCAGCUCUUAAACUAACAAAGGAAGCUAACAGAAAAGCGGAGCAGGAGCAUUUAGCAGCUUUCGGUCGUGAACAAGGAGAAGGUGCACAAUGGGACGAAAUUGCACGACUGUGCGAGGCAAAAGCUGCUCAGAAAGGAGGAAAGGAUGUUAGCCGUCUGAAAAGUCUUCUACUUCAUCUUAAAGAUCAGAACCAGAAUCGCAAGUAA